CGUCGGCUUCAACUGAUGCUCAGCUGGCUGCGGAUAUUCAGUUACCUCGCGACCAGCGUGCGGCUUGGACGUGUUUUCGUCGUGUUUAGCGUUAAAUACAAAUUUUUGGUGGCGGCGAAAAUGUUUGCAACGCAUCAAUUGUGGCAUGCCAUAUGCCUGGCAGCAUUCGUGCAUUGUGGAUUAGCGCAAGCAAAGGGCGCACACAAGGUACACUGCUCCGAGGAUCAGAUGCGCGUCGACAUUGGCCUGCCAGCGGACACGAGCGCCAGCUCGGCCGAUCGUCCGCAGAUCUACUUGGAGGGUCUCAAGGGCUAUCCGGAUGUGCGCUGUCAGCCCCAAAUCAAUGGCGCUCUCGCCGUCUUUCGUCUAUCGCUCAGCGACUUUUACGAGUGCGGCGUGACGCGCAUGGUCAACCAGCUAACGGGCAAAAAGGUGUAUUACCAUAAAAUCAUCAUUGAAUCGGCCAGCAGCAAGGAGAUUGUCAGCGUCAAAUGCAUUACCACAAGCGGUCCGGUUUAUAAUGUCAUGAUGAAUGGCACCAACGCCGGACGGGAGCAGACGCGCGUCGUGCUCCAGGAACAGCUGCCUGCCCAGCAUCAUGGCCUGGUCAGACGCGAUGUGCUGCCGGCGGGUUUUCAGGAACCAGACGAUUUGGAGAUAACCACCUCGUUGACAAAACGUGCACCGGAGCCGCGUCUGUCGAUUGGAGUUAGCCAGGAUGGCCAGAAGUUUACCAGAGAUUUGACGGUCAAGUCGGGCACGCCAUUGACGAUGGAAAUCAACCUGGAUGAGGACUCGGCGCCGGUUUAUGGCCUGGGCGUCAAUUAUUUGGAUGUUACAGACACGCACAGCUCCUCCGAGACGCUCAUCUUCAAGGGCUGCACUGUGGAUCCUUAUCUGUUUGAGAACUUUAACACCGUAGAUGGCGAUAUAUUGAGCGCCAAGUUCAAGGCCUUCAAGUUUCCCGAUUCCUCGUAUGUGCAGUUUCGCGCCACGGUCAAUGUCUGCCUGGAUAAGUGCCUAGGUACACAGUGCUCCAACAACCAGGUGGGCUAUGGCAGGCGCAAGCGUGAGAUCAGCGCCGCGAAUAAGGUCUAUGAGAUAUCACUGGCCAUGUUCCUGCAAGUCAACGACAUUGAGGGCGUCAACAAGAAUGAGGUGCUGCAGCUGGAGGAGAAGCUGCGCGAACUGAAGCUGGCCAAUCAGCGCCUGGCGCGCAACAGUCGCGGCAACUUUGCGGAACUGAGCCGCAGCAUGGAGCAAACGCCCGCCAGCAGCGCUGUCCCCGCCUUUGUGGUGGAUGAACGAGAGCUGGGACAGCUCAGCUCGGCUGCGGUCCAACCCGUCGUCUUUAGCCUCUGGGCGCUGGUCGGUGCGCUGUGUUGGCGCCUCAUGUAAAUAGUCGGAUAUAUGGCAAUUGUAAAUCUCAAACGAAAGGCGGGCUGGUUGUUAAUCAGGUUGGAGCUGCGUGUGUGCAGUGUGUAUGGCAAUUAAAAAAAAAUAUAUAUACUACCUACUACUAAUAUAUAUACUUAUGUAACUGCCAUUUAUAAAUCGUAAA